UCCAUCACUCAAAGAACAUCAACACGGAGAGUGAGAAAAAGAUAAGGAUACAAAGUAUACUACCUUCUAAAUCCAAAUUUAAAGAGAGAGCAACAACAUCACAUUCAUUCUAUACAUACACGUGUCUGUAUGUAUACACAUUAACCAUUGUUUGAAUUUCUUCUAUCGAUAUACCAUCAAUGGCGGCUUCAAGGAGCUAUUUCGCCACGGCCAACUACCGAUACCUAUCGACCCAGCGAGACGUUGCGAUGACUCCUGAUUCGGUCUUCGAGAUCGACGAAUCCGACUUGUGGAACUCAUCGGCGGUUUCUAGGUCGCCGGAGUUCUGUAAGAAGUCUCCGAGUUCAAGGAUCUCGAGGAAACAGUGCGAAACGAAGAACUAUCGAAAAAGUUCCGGGGCGGCGGCGAUGGCGGUUUCUUUGCCGGUGAACGUACCGGACUGGUCGAAGAUACUGAAGGAUGAGUAUAGAGAGUGCGGAAGGAGAGAUAGUGAUGAUGAUUUAGACGAUGAUGAUUUGGAUAAUCGGAUUCCGCCUCACGAGUUUUUGGCGAAGCAGUUAGAGAGGACACGGAUUGCAUCGUUUUCCGUGCACGAAGGAGUUGGGCGGACUCUCAAAGGGAGAGAUCUGAGUAGAGUCAGAAAUGCUAUAUGGGAGAAAACUGGAUUCCAGGAUUGAUCUAACAGUCGCAAAUACUGUUAUUUUUCUCUUCAAAUCUUACAUAUUUUGAUCCUUUUUUUUUCACUUUCCUUGACGGUGAUUUGUUAACUUGAAGUUUAUUUACAUAUCAAGUCCAUCACUGCGUUGUGAUUGUACUUUUAUUUUAUUUUUGAAAUUUUGAGAGCAAAUUAAGACAAAAAAUUGAUGGAGCUUUGAGAUCUUGUCCAGAUUUGCUGGUAGUUUCA